GUGUGCAUUCGGUAUUCGGCGGGCCUUUAGCACGAAAUAGUUCCAAACGUGCUCAUGAAUCAUUGGAAGAUUUAAACUCAGAAAACCGUUUGAGUCACUUCCCCCUCUUAAAUAAUUAGAAAAAUUCCUUGAUAUCCCCCACUCAAUCUAUUUGCCAAUUUAACGCCAUUUCGUCGAUCGUCUUCCAUUUCGCGAUUGUCCUUCAAUUGGCGCUGUCUGAGCGUUUUUCAAGUUGCCCUUGGUUGCCAACGAACGAUAUAUCCCUGCGCGGCACGCGACGACCGGGAAGGAAGUCAGCAGCGUGGGAAGGGGGUACGUCGAGCAGUAGAUUCGGUGGCUACAUGUGGGCAUCUGCCGGUCGCGACGAGUCCAUUAACGUAUCGUUCAACGCAUAAAACUACAUUUUUUUACACGGAGUGCCAAGGGCUCAUAACUGCCACGCCAUGCAGAUGGACCCGACCACAUUGCAGCUGAUACAGGUCCUCGAAAAGACCGUUUCACCAGAUAAAAAUGAACUCGAAGCAGCACAAAAUUUCCUUGAACAGGCAGCUCAAGCGAAUUUCAAUGAAUUCGUUCAACGACUCAGCGGCGUGCUCGUCACUCCAGCUGCAAGCGUCGUUGCACGCAUGGCAGCCGGACUACAACUUAAAAAUCAGCUGACGUCAAAAGAUUUGGCCCUAAAAUCCCAAUACCAACAGCGAUGGCUCGCUAUUCCUGCAGACAAAAGGGAAUUCAUCAAGAACAAUAUAUUAGGAGCACUAGGAACAGAGAACAAUAGGCCGAGUUCAGCAGCUCAGUGUGUAGCCUAUGUUGCUGUUGCUGAGCUGCCAGUUAGAGAAUGGAACGAACUCAUACCUUACCUGGUUAAUAACGUGACCAAUAUGAACAGUACAGAAAUGGUUAAAGAAGCUACGCUUGAAACAAUCGGUUAUAUUUGUCAAGAAAUCGAAAGCGAGGUGCUUGUAACGCAGUCGAACCAAAUAUUAACAGCUAUCAUUCACGGUAUGAAGAGUUCCAACACAUCGAAUCACGUUCGACUUGCAGCAACAAGCGCUCUUUUUAAUUCUCUCGAAUUUACCAAAGGAAAUUUUGAAAUAGAGACCGAAAGAAAUUUUAUCAUGGAGGUUGUAUGCGAAGCAACACAGUCCACGAACACGCAAGUCAGGGUCGCGGCGUUACAAUGUCUUGUAAAAAUAAUGUCCUUGUAUUAUCAGUACAUGGAACCAUACAUGAGUCCAGCCCUCUUCCCCAUUACCCUCGAGGCAAUGAAAUCGGAUAGUGACGAAGUCGCGCUCCAGGGUAUCGAGUUCUGGUCGAACGUAUCGGAAGAAGAAGUCGACUUGUCGAUGGAAGAAGGAGAAGCGCACGAGGGAGGACGACCUCCAACGAAAGUUUCCAAACACUAUGCAAAGGGAGCUUUGCAGUACUUGGUGCCAGUUCUGAUGGAAAAGUUAACAAAACAGGAGGAAUGCGACGACGAGGAUGACUGGAAUCCUUCAAAAUCCGCUGGAGUCUGUUUAAUGCUUCUAGCUUCUUGCUGCGAGGAAACCAUCGUGCCACACGUUCUUCCAUUCAUAAAGGACAACAUCAAGAAUCCGGACUGGCGGUAUCGAGACGCGGCUCUGAUGACCUUUGGCUCCAUCCUCGGUGGACUGGAACCCAACACCCUGAAGCCUUUAACCGAACAAGCCAUGCCGACCUUGAUAGAACUGAUGUACGACACCAGUGUCGUCGUCAGGGACACAGCCGCUUGGACCUUUGGCAGAAUUUGCGAAGUCAUUCCAGAAGCAGCGAUAAACGAAACUUACCUGAAACCGUUGUUGGAGUCGUUUGUCAACGGACUCAAGGCCGAACCCAGAGUAGCAGCAAAUGUUUGCUGGGCAUUUUCGGGACUCGCCGAGGCGAGCUAUGAAGCUGCUGAAACGGCGGAAGAAGGACAGCAGCCGGAAACCUACUGCAUGUCUCAAUACUUUGAUUUUAUAAUCCAACGACUCUUGGAGACGACGGAUCGUCCUGACGGAGCGCAGGCAAAUCUCCGCUCGGCUGCCUACGAGGCCCUCAUGGAGAUGGUGAAGAACUCUCCGCGCGACUGCUAUGUAACUGUACAGAAAACGACAAUGGUGAUACUCGAGAGACUGCAGCAGGUUCUGCAGAUGGAGACGCACAUUCAAAAUCAUUCUGAUCGAGCCCAGUACAACGAUUUGCAAUCUCUGCUGUGCGCGACUUUGCAAUCGGUACUGAGGAAAGUCACUCCCGAGGAUGCACCGCAGAUCUCGGACGCUAUCAUGGGCGCGCUCUUGUCAAUGUUCAACUCAAAUUCCUGCAAGUCAGGAGGCGUGCAAGAAGAUGCUCUCAUGGCUGUCUCAACCCUGGUUGAAGUUCUCGGCGAAGGUUUCUUGAAGUACAUGGACGCUUUCAAACCAUUCCUGUUCCUCGGCUUGAAAAACCACUCGGAAUAUCAAGUCUGCUGUGCGGCGGUUGGUGUCACAGGUGACAUUUGUCGCGCGAUGAAGAACAAAAUGCUGCCUUACUGCGACGAGAUCAUGACCUUGUUGCUGGAGAAUCUUGGAAACAACACGGUACAUCGGUCCGUCAAGCCGCAGAUUCUCGCUGUCUUUGGCGACAUUGCGCUCAGCAUUGGAUCGGAGUUCAAAAAGUACCUGGAUGUAGUUUUGCAGACUCUGGCACAAGCUUCUCAGGCGCAAGUGGACAAGACCGAUUAUGAUAUGAUCGAUUAUCUGAAUGAGUUGAGAGAAGGAGUGCUCGAAGCCUACACAGGCAUCGUUCAGGGCUUGAGAGGAGAUGAUGAAAGCGCGGUUAGUCCUGAUGUCGUGUUGCUCGAGCCACAUGUACCAUUCAUCAUUCACUUCAUCACCACCAUUGCCCAGGACAGCGAUCACUCUGAUGGCAAUGUUGCAAUCGCGGUUGGUCUCAUCGGUGAUCUCGUUAUGGUUUAUGGAGCCAAGAUGCUACCCAUGGUUGAAACUGAUGCCAUUGCUGGUUUACUCACCAAAGGCAGGAGAUCUCGCACUGGCAAGACGAAAACUUUGGCGACUUGGGCUACCAAAGAAAUCCGAAAAUUGAAGAAUGCCGCAAAUGCUACAUCUAGUUGAUCACCCCACGGUUGUACUGUCAUGCGAUUUGAUUUGACUAGAAAGCUAUCGAACACAAUGCAAAGACAACAAGAUUGGAUGAUGCGGAUGCGAGUUGAUGGAUGUGCGUGAGUUCCAAAGCGAUGACGAUGAAAUUAUGAGUCUGCACGUGUCCCCCUGGCGACGAUGUAAGUGAUUAAAGCCGGUGGUGUCAUGACAGCCCCAUAGUCAAAACACCUGUGUCUGCCGGAUUUUGUCGACUGUGGAUGACGAAGAGUGCAAGUGGAUGUUGCCGAUGAAUGAACCCAAGAACGCAGCUUUUGUCGAAGUCCGGUGAUGGAAAGUAUGUCUGAAAUCUGAAAUCGAGACUGCGUCUUCUCUAAGUGCGUGUCUGUGAUCCAUUGAACAGCCCAAUGGAGGACUUCGAUGGCCAAUGAAUCACGUGAUAAAAGAUCUUCUUCUGAGAGGAAGAGCGAAUGUUGAGAGCCAAAGCACACGCACGUGUACGAUGAUGAGUGUGAGUCAGAUAAGUGAAAUAAGUAUGUGUGAGAAAGAUAGAACGUGAGAGAGAGAGGGAGAAGGGGGGGGGUGGUUUUGAGAGUUUGUGAGAAAAUGCGACUGAUAGAGUGUGAGACUUUAAGCGUUUAAAAAACUAAGGGUGAGUGCGCGCACGUACACGUUCGCUUCUCUCAUCCUUGUAAAUAACAAACGCACUUGAAUCACCGCUCAUGAUAUAUGAAUAAUAUAGAGGAAUGAAAUUGUUCCACUGUCUUGUAUAAAAAUGAUGAAUUUAGGAGAAUUAAAAGUGCGUUUGCGAUUGCACAAGUGAGAUGAGGAAAUAGAUGAAGAGUGAGAAUAGAUGCAGUAAGAUUACAAGAGAGAGAAAUACCGCGUUCACUUUCUUUCAGUGAGAGAAUUGGAACGCAAAGUUUUCGAUUUAAUUAUGUUGUGCGAGGAAUUACUAGUGAAGAUGAUGAUCUGUAUGUUACUUUCCCCGAAUAUGAAUGUCUGUUACUGUUAGUUCAUUAAAAUUAUUAUUUUGCCCGCAUGUGUUAUUGAGUUGUAUAGAGCUCCUCGUCCAAGCUUCUCUUUGCAGUGGCCGAGCCAGCUGCUCAGAUUUCUUCACUAUCCAGACAAAUUAAUUUUGAUCUAAUCUAAAGCGAGGCCAUGUCUUUUAAGUUUUUGAUGGUGAUGAUGAAAGUUUCUGUUAUAAGCGAUUGCGCGAAUCAUGGAUAAGUUUUAACCAUUCGCUUUAAGUUUUACAUUGGCCACUGCGUUCCAGUGAGUUGAGGAAAACAUUCAAUAAACCAAAUUACAAAAUCAUUCCAAAAUCAAAUACGGAAACUCGAUUACGGAAUUUGACUGCGUUUUCCUUUACCUUCUACAUCCACUUGUAAUGCAAGUUUGAUCGAAUAGAACUUUGUAAGGGACAUUUGCUGAAAGCCCUCAAACUUUGUGUGGAAAAGUGGAAAUAAAAUUCUUUUUUUUUUUUUUUUUUUUUUUUGAUCAACAAAACAAAAUGGUCUUUCAAUAAUCUUUCUUUAACACGGUCGCGAUUUUUUGGUAUAUUUCUUUUGAGUUUUUCGCGAUUUCGGGUUUAUCCAUCGUCUCCCUUCCUAAAAUAACUGAAACGUAACAAGUACCUGUUUAAAUACGUUCCGAUUUAAUCGUAGGUUACGUCGUGCUCAUUCAGAUGUGAGGAAACUAGUUUGUUCUAACAAACGAUGCAUUCCAAAGAGUCCUGCUGAGAUAUUUUUACUAAACAUAUUUCUUGUUUUAAACUACUCAAUUUUGAAUUAAUAUGAUAUUUCAAUUAGGAUGAAAUUUUCUUUGUGUUUUGGACAUUACUUAAUUCAUCUCGAGCAGGAUAUGUAAUUUCUGAUAAUAAUCAUACAAAUUUGUUUAGAUUCUCUAGAAAUACGACCAAUGUAAAACGAUAGGUUGAGCGUUUCUCGAGCAAAGAUCUAAAUUGAAUAACCUUCAUACCUCGUAUUUAAAACAUUAUUCUUCCUUACAUUUUCUUAAAAAGGCAUUAGCCACCAAACUUGAGUUUUAUUUAUUUUUUUUUUUUUUUUAUAUAAUAUUGAUUAUAAUUUAAAACUUUUCCUUGAACUCUUAAACGAAAGUGAGAGAAGUAGAAAGUCCCAAGCAACAAUCAAUAUUUAAAAAUCCAUCUGUGAUUUCUCCGGGAUGUAAUCCCGACGGCCUAAUAUUAAAAUGAUGUGAUUCGAUCACUCGUUUACGAGUUUAGGAUUUUCAUUUAGUAUCCUUAGUCGUGAAUAGAUCUCUUUUUUUCGCUAUAAGAUUUUUCUUGGGAGCAUACUUGACAACCUCUGUUUUAACGGUAGUCAAAUGUAAAUAUAAAUGAUCUUUUUGACAAGAUUUCAAAAUCAUUCCGUACGCCAAAGAAAUUUAUGGAAUAUUUUUUCGUUAUAUUUUUCAUCAGGACAUUUUGUUUUUUUUCUCUGUUUUAUGAACAUCUAUGGGGUACUUGCUUCAGGUUAACGUCUUGAAAAUCCCAGAGUGCAAGUAAUAAUGCUGUGUGUUGCGUUUGAGCAUUCCGUGAGAUUAUGAGAGAAAGACGAAAGAAUGCCUUUACACGUGGUAUAUGUGUACAAUGUGUACAAUGUGUUUAACUAAGCGAGUCUCGAUAGACCUUUCCAGUUUCAAUAAUAAUAUUUAGUACAUACGGCAAAGUUUCAUCGUAAAAAGUUUUCCAUACUUAUAUUUUUUUAUAAACUACAGAGUUUCUUUGCAACGAAAGCAGAUGAAAUUAAAGCAGUACUCAGGCGAAUUGUAUUAUAAACAAGAAAAAAAAACAAGAGACUGGAUAACAUUUUGAGUCAGUUGGAAUUUUCAUCCGUUUUUUUUUUUUUAACAAUCCUACAUAUCUACUCAAACUUAUCAGUAACCGAAUCCAUCUCAAGCCUAGCAGGCUCACUAACUUCAAGUCGCGCACGAAACGUUUUUUUUUUUUUUUUUAGAAGAUAUUAUGCGAUCCGCAUUCUUCCUGUUUGAGAAAAAAAUGUACAAAAAUGAUAUUUCUCAAACCAAACGUUGUCCAUUUUUUUUAAUUAUGAUUUUAUUUUUAUUGUCCGGCAAAUCUUGGAAAGAUUCAUAUCUCAAUUAGGCGAAAAUUGAUAAAAGUUGGUUAUGAAAAACAAAUUUUAGACUUCAAAUAUUUAUAAAUACACAGAAAAUUGUUUUUCUCAGGUUGGAUAAAUAAAUGUCUAAUUUCCUCUAAAAAAAAUUGAAAGUUUCGUCAACGAGAGAUUCUGCAACUUGAAGCCUACCCUGAAUUUGAAAGGCCAAUCCACGACUCGUCCUCAUGCUGGUUUCAGGGCGAGAUCGUAUGUACGCUGUGACCUUAGUGCGAGCCCCUUUAGUCUUUUCCUUAUUUUAUACUUCGUUUAAAACUUUAAAUAUUAUUUAUAAAAAAAAAAACAAUCAUUUAUCCACUAUAAAGUGCUGAAAAAAUUCUGAAUAAACUACUAUUGGCUAUUUUUAAAGAUAUUCCCGGAUUUUCAGACGAAAUCAAUGGACUGGUCCUAAAUAAUAGUAUAAAGAUCACACAGUGUACACAUCUCGACCUGAAGCAGGUGUAAGGACGAGUCGUGGACUGCCCAUUUGAAAUAAUCGAAACCAGUUUUUUUAAAUAUAAUUAUUGAAUUCGAAUUAGACGCAAGCUGGCUGUGAGUAUUUGUAAUCGAUUCACAAAAUGAUCGUGGCUCGAUUAAAUUUAGUUAAUGUUGCGAAUAUCAUUAUUCUCUUUUCUGUGAAUCAUUGAUGAAUCUAGGUCUACACAAUUUUUAAGUUGACUCUUUUGGUCAACGGUCAGUGAAGAUUAAUUACUACGAGAAGUCAUCCGUAUUUAGACACCUAUUUUUAAGGAUAUUGACAUUAAAUAAUAUUAAGGGCAAUUACUUGAGUCUUGGUUAAACACAAAAGUAUGUGUGUAAGAGCAAUUCUAAAAGCCGGCCAGGUUCGACUGUUAACUAAAGUAUGGAGUAAUAAUAAUAAAAAGAAUAAAGGAAGAGAGGACUACGAAUUUAAAUAAAAAUGAGACUUAAGAAGUCGAGAUAUCGUUUUGCUACUGAAGGUUUGAUCAUUAAUAUUUCAUAUCGAUGUAUAUAUAAAAGUCUGGUGCCAGUAUUUUGAAUAUAUGUACAUAAAAAGAUAUUGAGUCGUGAACCUAACAAACAAACAAAAAACAUGCAAAAUUAAACAAAACUGAAUGGAGCCUCGUGAAAAGAUUAAAUAUAAGGAUAGUUAAUUGUGCAAACCGGUUGAAAGUGACUUUUGAGAUCAUUUUGAACCGGUGGCGAAUAAAAAAUUGGCUUUAAGAGAAGUUUGAUAUGAUAUCGAAAAUGCUGAGAAGUCAAUUGAGGCAAAAAAAAGCUUCUCUUCGAGCAUUAAUCAGGUUUGUAAUUCGAUGGAUUAUUUGAACCGUGCCAAAUUUGAAGAAAGACGGAGAAUACGUCGUCGUCCAAUUUGAACCUUCCUCUUUUAUACAUUUUUGCUAGAAAUUUAAAUGUCACGGUACUGUGCCGAGAGUCAUUAUUGUCAUCAAAAAAUGGCCGGUUUUUAAAUAAGUCACCUUAUACUAUGCAGAUGAAAGUUAAAGCGCGAGGAACUUGCAGAGUGCGUGAUCGCAAAUAAUUGUGGCUGGACGAUUUUUUUUGGCAUGAAGGCAAGUUUCAUUUGUACAGCACCGACCGUUAAAGUGAUUCUUAAAAUUCAGGUAAUUCUUAUCUUUUACUCGCUUAUCUUGUCCAUCAUUUACAUCAUCUUUCCUUCACUCUUUGUUUUCUUCAAGUAGAAGACCAUGAAAAUCAUUCAAAAUUUACAGGUUUUGACAAUUUCUUAUUGGUUGUAUUUUUUUAAUUCACAAAAUAAAAUGGUUCUUGUGACUUAAGAAACAUUUUGGGAUAAGGAGUCAAUUUUUUGAACAUUUUGUAAAACUGAUACUUUUAUCCGGUGUUUUCUCAAAUAAUGACGGUAGUUAACUUUUUUUUAUUCUGAUGAACGAUUUCUCAUUUUAAAAAUAAACACAAAAGAUGCAGAAUUUUUUGAAGUCUUUGGCGUUUAAGAUUAUUAUUCAGACAACCAGUCACCGUUUUAUUAAUUUUCAAAUUUUAUUACUUUUUCUCGGUGUUCCAUAUCUUUAAUUAGGAUCGUAAAGAAACAUUUAAUUUUUCUUUAAUACCAAAAUUUCGAAGAAAAUGAAGGUUGUUAGAGGACCUGGAAAAUCUGGAAAAGGCGGCGCAAAUUUUCUUUUAUGAUAGCACGAAAGGUAAUAAAAUUGGCCAUAUAAAUUCGAAGAGCAUGUCAAUUUAUUAAAUACAUAUUGGAAAAAAACAUCAAAUUCCGAUGUUUUUGAAAAAUUGAAAUAAUUCUAGAAAUUACUGGCAAUCUCUAUAUUAUUCUUCUAAAUUUCUAAGAUAAUUUUAGAAUUUUUUUAAGUAGAUUCUACCCUAUGGUCAAACAUGGUAAAAAAUGGCAAGAUUUCAAAAAUGUGUAAAUACUUACAAAUAUGUUUCAAUAAGUUAUCGUUUAUAAUUUUUAUUUAAAUUGUAUGAGUACAAUUAUUAUUGUAGUGUGGCGGCUUGUUUCUAUCAUGUUUGACCAUAGGAUAGAACGUAAGUAAGAAAUUCUGAAAAUAUCUUAAUAAUUUAGAAAAAUAAUAUAGUGAUUUGCCUUGGAUAUAAGUCCAAAAGUUUUAAAAAAUGUUGAUAAUUUCCGGGGUUAUUGCAGCUUUUCUAAAACAGAAAUUUGAAGUUAAAAAAAUUUUUUUUUAUUAAAUUUAUAUUUUGCCCUUAGUGAAUUUUCAAUUUCCGAAUUCAUACUAAUGGGUUUCUUUACGACUAAAAAUAUUAUUAUUGAAGGUUAGUUUAAUUAUCCACUAAUAGUUAAUGAGUUUAGGAUUCACUAAUUUGUAGAAAACGCCUUUAGAUUUGCAUUAUUUAAUAACUAUAUGAGCAAAAUUUAAUUUGACAGCAUUAAACAAAAAAGUAAACCUGGAAGAGUCACGGAAAAUCUAAACCAGACUUUUGUUUAGAACAUUGAUUAGAUUGUGUUUUUAGGUCGCAAAGAACACAUAAACAGAGCCUCAUGUUUUCGUCACAGUUUGAGCCGAAGUGGGACAAUUUUACCCGUAAGAACUAAUUGUUUGGGUUUUUUUAUUGUCUGAAUCCAAUUUUAUUUCUUCCUAUAGGUAUUUUGCAAAAUUCGAUGGCUGAUCCCUUAAUUCUUAGGAUCGAUUAUAUGCACAAUUUUUUAUAUCACCAUGUAAAAAUGUGAGUAAAUCAUAUUUUAUAAUACGUUUAAAAAAAAUAACAAUUUUGCUUCCAGGCGCUUCGCUUUAAAAAAAUUGUGAUUGCUACUUUCAUACUUUUCUCCGCAAUCACUUAAGGCAAAUACGUUCAUAAAUUUAACUUUGUUUUAGAAAACAUUUGAGGUACGAACCAAUUAAUAAUUGUUGGGCGAACUAUUCUUAAUAUUCCAGAACUCCGGAAAUUCCUUAUUAGUUAAUUAAUUUCUUAAGUUAUCGAUAGUUUUUACAAAACCAAAUCGACUGAAAAUUAGGAUGACAUAACAGAUUCAGCAAGACAACAUUGCACCUUGAUUUUGGUUUAGUCGCUCAUUUAUAGUGAUUUAUAGAGAAAUGCCUAUAGAAUUUUUCAAGGGUUAUGAUUAAUGAGCGGUACUGUACAAUAAGGAUGCAUUUUAGGAAUGAUCACAGAACGGCAUCCGCUGAUUGAAGCGAAAAUGAUAAACCGCUCGGAAAUGCGUGAUCGCACAAUUGAUAGGCAAUAAUUAAAAUAGUUGAAUAUUUAUUUCCAAUGCACAAGCGAAGCAUUUCCGGGUAUCGUUUAACAUUUUGGCAAAUGCGUGGGUACGUGAGCGAGAUGAAGAUGAAUUUCAGCGACAGAGCGAUCGAAUAUGCGUGUAAAUGUAAUUCUUCUUAUGCGAUAAGAUGAAGAGAAAUAGAGAGAAAGUGUGGUGAUAAUGAAGAAAAAGGUUGAGGAUGAUAAUGGUGGUGAUGAUGAUAUAUAAUGAAAAUGAAUUAAGCUGAAAGGAAGUGCUAAUGACUUCCAUAUGUGUUUUCUGCCUGCCGUGAUGAGUACAAGCACGGUUAAUGCCGAGUAUUGAGGUGAGCAUGUAUAUUCCUGUAAAACAGAACUUUUGAGUGCAUUUUGACAUAUAUUUUUGAAUGCAGGUACAUACGCGAAUUUUUGAGUGCGAAUCGCUGAGCGAAAGUGCCAUAAUACUUCUACUAGUCUUUUCUUUGAAUAGGAGAGCUCAGAGCAUGGAUGUCAAAGUCUUUCCGUUCGAACAGAAAAUCGAGAAAACAAAUUAAUAAAAUCAGUUCUGACGCUUUCGUCACUGUCUGAUCAGCGAUCACUAAUCACUUCGCCCGAAUAAAAUUAUUUCAAUGAGA